UCAGUCAGUGCAAUCCCGUAGACCGAGUGAGAAACAACACGACGCCGGCCGAUGAUUGAGUCUUCCGGCGAUUGUUGGAUCGUUUGCCCACAUACACAAACCGUUCGCAGCGAAGGAAAGAGUGAGUGAGAGAGAGAGCCACAUACAGGAAUAAAAAAAAACGGACGUGCGUGUGUCGUCUUCCGAGAGAAUGAUACGGGACCACAUCAGGACAUCAAUCGCCCAGGUCGUCAACGCGUGUUCAGAAACAAAAAAGACGUGUCUCUGAGCGGUCGUCGGUCGUUCGGGAUUUUGACGGUCGAUCGGUUCAACAAUAUUACGGAAGUGCGAUACGUGCCCACCGAGGCUAGAUUUGAUUGGGUGUCGUUUUUUUUUGGUUCGUUUCUUCUACCGGACGACCACCACGACGGUGAGGAUCGGCUCACCCGCAAAAGGAUAAUAAAUUAACAGUGCAUUGUUUUAGAAAAAGCCGAUCACCCGGUCGGUAGUGCUUCGUGUGAUCUUUGCGGUAGUGUUCGUGUUUUGGCAGCAGUCGUUAAUUAUACCGGUGCUUUUGUGUGUUUUUUCGCUCGUAUGAAUGAAACAUUGCGGAACACUGAAUUCGCGCCCAAAAUCGUUCCAAACAAUAACGUCUCAACGUGCAAACUCAACAAUCACCGAAAGUGCCAUGAAAAGGAUUGCAACCACCGGCAAGUUUAGCAAAACGGAACAAGUGAUCUAACCCAGUGAUAGCCUCGUGAAAACGUGAUUAGAUUAGAUGAAUUAUUUUCUGCACAGCGAGUGGUACAACGAGCGGUACAGGAAAAUGCUGUCCACCAGCGAGGAUGCCGGGUUCUACUCCCACAACCGUGACCAUUCAGACACCGGCGAAUCUGAAGGCACUCAAGAUAUCCUAACAUGCGGGUCCUGUCAGAAAACGUUCGCCCUCUCCGACAUCGUGCGAUUCAUCCAGCACAAAGUGCUCCAGUGCAACAAGGAAAACUAUGGCCAAUGCUAUUCGCAAGCAACGGCCGGUGACAGAGACUCGGACGAUGGCCGACCAUUGACGGUGGCCAAUUCUAGGCGACCUUCGAUUUCGGCUCCCAUCACGGUGCGGAAAUCCAGCGGGUCCCGGGUGCACACCCCGCCACCGACCAGCCCUGCCGAAAUGCUACGGGAUGGCGCUUCCAGUACGCCGAAAAGGCUUAACGAAGAUACAGAAACUGCCUCCUCCACCCGUUGUCCGUCGACCGCCAGUCCACUGGGCACCAGUGGCAGCGGUAGCGGUGCCGAGGAUGACGACCCUAGCAAACUGGCAACGGUUUCCGGCGGUGGAACGCCGAUUGUAGAAAUCAAACAGGAACAGCCUGAAUCCGAUGCUGCAAUCAACAUCGGCAGCCGAGAUGACCGGUCGUCUCCAAACGACGACGGUGGUGAACCUGUCCUGAAAAGACCCCGCACCAGCACCGAAGUGGCGGAUGCCGAGUCCAACACAACCAGCAAUGAACCUAGCAACUAUGUCUGCAGUACAUGCAAAACCAAAUACCAUUCCGCGUGGCGGUUGGUGCAGCAUGUCCAACAUGCCCAUCGAGUGAAGAUCUACGAGGUCUCGCUGAUUGACGACGAGAAGGAGAAGGAAAAGGAUGAGGAGGUGGACGACGAAGAGGAUAAUAACAACAAGCGGGACAGAACGGGGAACGAGCGUUCCGAUACUAGCGAAAACAACCAGGCGGAAGCCGAUAAUGACGAUACUUCUCCGGUAGCCAUCGAACCGGAAUCGUUAGUUCAAAGCGGGAAGUCUAGCUCCAUGAACAAUCUUAGUGGUAGCUCCAAUUGUUCAAGCAAUAACACGAGCAGCAGUUCCCGGGGAAGUGGAAUCAAUUUGCUACAGAAUCAGUUGCAACUUCAGCAGCACCAACAGCAGCAGCAACAACAACAACAGCAGCAGCCGCCUCGCGACUCUCAAAGUCUUCCACCGCCCGGUUUGAGACAUCAUCCACUGCUUCCUCCUCCCGAAAUGCACCCGAACCCGUUCGGUCUAUUGCGAAUGCCGAUGAAUCAUCACCCGCACAGUCCGCUAUUUGGCCGCGGUCACCAUGACUUUCGCAUGGAACACCUCAUGUCCGAGCAAUUUCGCAACCAUGGUCUCAAUCUGGCAGCAGCUGCAGUCGCUGCGGCGAACCAACUGAAAACCCACAACCAACAAUUCAACGCCGGAAAUCCGGUAGUGGAGCGACCACCCUCAUCCGGUAGCAUAUCCCUGCCCGGCACCACACCCGGCGGUCUCGUUUUGGAACCACACAUGGAUUUUUACUCACAGCGCUUGCGGCAACUCGCGGGUACCACCAGUCCCGGGACUAAUCCCAACACCUCCAAUUCUCCCAGUCCCCGCAAGCAACACUCCCCAUCCUUCGCCAGUCCCUCCCCAUCGCAAUUGCCACCGACUCCGCUGACGAACAAUUCCCGACCUCAGAGCCUCACCCCACCAGAGAAACACACUGAGCUGGGAUUGGAUUCCGGUACGAUUACCAACACCCCUCGGUCAGCGUCAACACCACCGAAUAAGCAGAGUCAAAGUAACGAUGCUUUCCAUUCGUGUGAGUUUUGCGGUAAAAAGUUUCGAUUCCACAGCAACUUGCUUGUGCACCGCCGAACACACACCGAAGAGCUUCCGUUCAAGUGCACCAGCUGUGAUUUUUCCUGCAUGGAUGAACUGAAAUUGCAACAGCACAUGAAAAAGCAUGGCAACCCGAAUGAGGAUGCCGCCAGUGGACCAGAGUCCAUGGAUUCGGAUAUGGAGGACUCAGAUAACGAGCUUAUGGAUGCGGAAGACGACCUCGACGGAGAGGAUAAUGAGGACGAUCAGGAUGAGAUGCUGGGUGAGGAGGCAGAAGACUUAAGCAUGAGUAGCACCCAGAGUCAUGCCAAGAAAGACGGACAGAUGCACAUGUCCUCGUCACUGGUCGGUGAACUGAUGGACAAGUUUGGACUGUCCAAUAUUGCCCAGUAUUCUGAGGCCUACAAACAAGCUCUACAGGAGUCGGGAAACGCAUUGAAGCUGCAGCUGACAAGUAAAGAUCGAGAUAACAACAAUAGCGCCAUGGCCAUCCCCGGAUUGGCGGAGAAGUUGAAUGGACUUCCGGCCGCGCUAAGGAUCAAAGAGGAACUAGCGAAGAACAUGCUGCAGCACCACAAUCCCCAACUUCCACAAGUUCCUCUGUUCAACCCGUUCGAAAACCCUUUCGAGGCUUCCAAACGCAUGAAGCUGGAAAGUGGUGAAAGCUGGUGGAACAUCCCCGGUCUGCACCGAAAUGAUUCGCUAUUCGAAAAUCUGAAAUCCGGUCGCGACCGUAGCCACGGUGGUCUCCUUCAGCCUAUGAUGAAGAAGGAAAAUAAACUUCGCAACGACACGUGCGAGUACUGCGGUAAGGUGUUCAAAAACUGUUCCAACCUGACCGUUCACCGGCGAAGCCACACCGGUGAGAAGCCUUACAAAUGCGAACUAUGUUCCUAUGCGUGCGCACAAAGCUCGAAACUGACACGGCACAUGAAAACCCACGGGCGGCUUGGAAAAGAUGUGUAUCGAUGUCGGUUCUGUGAAAUGCCAUUCAGUGUUCCAUCGACGUUGGAGAAGCAUAUGCGAAAGUGUGUUGUGAAUCAGGGCAAACUUCAGCAACAGCACGCUCAACAACAGCAGCAACGUGAACUGCAGCAUCUGCAGCAUCAACAGCAACUUCAUCAUCAGCAACAAAUCGCCGCCCAACAGCAACUGGCUGCCCAACAGAUGGCAGCAGCCGCAGCAGCACAGCAGGCCGCUGCCGCCCAGCAACACCAACACCGAGAACACUUGCAGCAGCAACUGCAGCAAUCAACACCACAGCCUCCGCGAGAUAUAUCCAUGAUUCCGGUGUCCCCACCUAUACCACCGCAACUGUCGGCUGGCCUCAUCCUGCCUCCACUGCCCGUUCCACCGAUCGUUUCCUUAACGGAGCACCAGGAACGCACCACUACCCCCUCGAACAACAGUAAUCAUGCCACCCCCAUGGUCAAGGAGGAAGCGGCAACGGCAUGACUUUACCCUCCGUGGAGUGGUUAUGAACUGCCCCCGAAUCGAAUGAUGUCCAGAAUCUACUAGGAAAACCGGACGGAAGGUACGAGAUCUUUCACUCGCAGUGCGCAGUAGCGAUCUUCUAAAUUCGGUUCAGCUUUCCGAACGGGGACAUCAACACCAGAAAUUAUCCUUGUUCGUUUAUGGGCUUCCAGUUCGACAGCAUAAACAAAGAAGGAUAAUUGGUGAAAAAACAAACACGCAUAUACAGAAGUAGAACGUUUUACGAAGGAAUCAGAGGCAUUAAUACCAAAGUUUAAAAGCAAGAAAACACAAUUAUUAGAUAAAGAUUUUUUAUUUCUCGAUUUUGUAAAUAUUAUAACCUAAGACAAGAAAGGCAUUUAAUUUAGUUAAAGAAAAUGAUAAAUUAUUCCCCCUGAGAGUACGAUUCACGACGGUAGAGACUUGUGCAUUUUUUUCUGAAUUGAUUUAAGAGAAAAAUAAAAACCUACGAAAAAAGAUAAAAAAUUUUAAAAGAAUUUUUGAAAAUGUAAACAGAAAAAAAAACAC